UUCUAAAACCAGGCUCUAAGCACAUGACCCUCUAAUGUCAGACUCUCUGAUUCCUUCUCUCUCUCAUUUUUUUUUACACUUUUCUUUGCAUUGGUUCUUUGUAGGAAGUUACUUCCCUCUGCUUUAUCCCAUGCUUUUUCUUUUCUCUCUCUUGAACCUGCUUUAUUCCCAUUGAACUCCCCUCUAAAAAGAAGACGAUCCUCCCUCGAUCCUCCUUGUGUUUACAAACAACAUUACCACCCUUUCUCUCUCCACAAAGGAAGAAGCCAAACAUCCUCUUUUGCUCUUGUUUGUUCCCACAUACCACCUAGCUUGUUCCUAUUUUUGCAUUAACUUAUCUUAAACAGUGUGUGUGCUUGUUAAUUAGUUGUUACAGCUAUACGUGAAACGAAGAAUGGCAUCACCCUCCGAACUAAGCCUUGAUUGCAAGCCCCAAAGCUAUUCCUUGCUACUCAAAUCAUUUGGAGACCAAACUGAUCAGACCUACAAGCUUGAAGAAUUCCUCUCUCGCUUAGAGGAAGAACGUCUCAAGAUCGAUGCCUUCAAACGCGAGCUUCCUCUCUGCAUGCAACUUCUCACCAACGCCGUGGAGGCUUCAAGGCAGCAACUUCAGGCCUUUAAAGUGAACCAUGGCACGAAGCCAAUUCUGGAAGAAUUCAUUCCCAUGAAGCACUUAGCCUCAGAAAGCUCUGAGAAGGCCACAAACAUGUCCGACAAGGCAAAUUGGAUGACAUCUGCACAACUUUGGAGCCAAGCAAGCGAAGGAACCAAACAACAACCCUCAAUCACAUCGCCAAAAGAAGCUGAUAUAGGCUUCAGCAUCAGUCCCAAGCUUGGUCUAGACCACAAACAGAGGAACGGUGGAGGAGCCUUUCUCCCAUUCUCGAAAGAGAGAAACUCAUGCCAUGGCUCCACAUUGCGGCCUCUCCCUGAACUGGCUCUUGCCUCUGCGGAGAAGGAAGUGGAGGAGAAGAAACGUGCAGAGGUGGAAAGGGGAGUUUCUUCGUGUCAGAAUAAUAAGAAGGAGAAUUCAGGAAGUGAUGGAGCUGUGGUUGAUCAAGGAAAAGGAGGUAGUCCAGUUGCAUCAUCACAUGCACAACAAACAACCACAACCACAACACAAACUCAUAGGAAAGCUAGAAGGUGUUGGUCACCAGACCUGCACCGUCGAUUCGUUAAUGCUCUUCAAAUGCUUGGUGGAUCACAAGUGGCGACCCCGAAGCAGAUAAGGGAGUUGAUGAAGGUUGACGGUUUGACCAAUGAUGAAGUUAAAAGCCAUUUGCAGAAAUAUAGGCUUCACACAAGAAGACCAAGUCCAAGUCAAACGGGUCCAGCAGCACCGCAGCUAGUGGUCCUAGGCGGAAUCUGGGUCCCACCGGAAUAUGCCACGGCGGCAGCGCAUUCAGCCGCCCCCACUCUCUACGGCGCGCACCCUUCCUCCCACGCGCCCCCGCCGCACUACUGCGCUGCCACUCCAGUGCCGCAGGAGUUCUACACGGCGGCACCGCCGCAGCCGCUGCUUCCGCCGCCCCCGCCGCACCACAACGCGCUGCACCACCUGCACAUGUACAAGGCCGCGCCCCAUGGGCACGGCUCGCUGGAAUCCGACGUUCCCGGCGGCGGAGAGCGGUCGGAGAGCAUCGAGGACGGGAAGUCGGAGAGCAGCAGCUGGAAGGGGGAGAGUGGGGAGAACGACGGGGAGAGAAAGCGGAUUGGUGAGGAGAGCAAUGGGAGUGAUAUCACUCUCAAAUUCUAGGGUUUGUGAGAGUGGUUUUAGAAUUAGGGUUUUUCUUGCAUCCCAUCAUCAUGCAUGUUCAACUAUUCAUUAUUGAUGGGGAAAAAAACAAACUAAGUAGAACAAAAUAUCCUUAGUUGUACUUUUUGCAUAUAUUUCUAUGGUACUCCAGAGGGUAAAUGAGGCAUAAAAGUGGACAUUUGUUUUGUUUUGUUUUUGCUUACUGUUAUGUAUCACUGUGCUAUUACUAUGGAUGGAAGAAUUGGAUUCUCACUC